GCAGGCACCGGCGCGUCCGCAUAACACCAGGCCUCUCCCUCGCUUGCGCAGGAAGCAGGGCCCGACAUGCCCUGGGUCUGACCACACGGGCCAGUCAGCAUCGUUGCGCGCGCAUGAGGCGCAACUCGGAAGAUACCGCACGCAUCCAUCAUGGCCUCCGGGACGAAGCGCAUGUCCGACGACGACACGAGCCUCGCCAACACCAGCAAGAUCCAGCGCAUUGAGCACCACCACGCGCACGCCCACGGCCUGCCGCCCAGCGAGAGCCCGCACGCGCGCCUGCAGCACACCAACAACGACUUCUCGGGCAGCGUGAAGCGCAAGCUUGCCGACUCAAAGCGGACGGGGCAGGCCUGCGACCGGUGCAAGGUCCGCAAGAUCCGCUGCGAUGGCCGCCCCGAGGGCUGCACGCCGUGCGAGCAGAACCGCACCCAGUGCCGCACCACCGACCGCAUCACCGGCAAGGCCACGGUCCGCGGCCAUGCAGAGGCCAUGGAGACGGAGAACUCGUACCUGCGCACCCACCUGGCCGACCUGCAGGCCCAGCUGACCGACAUGGGCGUCGAGCCGCGUCCACCGCCCGCCUACGCCAGCAUGCCGUGGGCGCCGACCGCUGCGCCCGAGGACUGGAGCGCCCGCCGCCCCAGCGCGUCGCCCAUCGGCUAUGCGCCCGCCGACGCGUCCGACCUGCGCUCGCUGCCGCACUUCAAGUUCGGCUCCAUCGGCGACAACUACCUGGGUGUCGCGUCGGGCGACUCGCUGCUGAGCCACAUCCGCGGCACGUCGCUGUCCGUCUUCGGCACCGAGAUCGACAUCACCGACUUCGUGCAGGACGGCGACGAGUACGAGGACUCGCCCAUGUCCUACCAGACCCUCAUGAAGAUCACCACCGGCCGCGAGCAUGUCGACCCCGUCCCGCUGCCGCCCUAUGACGCCCUCAAGGAGUGGGCCUCGUGGUACCUGCGCUCGAUGAACCCCUACACCAUGCUCGUACACAAGCCCGACUUCAUGGCCCUGGUCUGGCGCUUCGGCAACGACCCUAGCUUCGCGCCCACCGCUCCCGAGACCGUCAUGAUGCACAUGAUGCUCGCCACCAUCAAGUACCAGAUCGCCGCCCGCAACAGCCAGCAGACCGUGCUCAUGGACGAGUCGCACGCCCACUAUCAGUACGCCUGCAGCUUCUACAACGAGCUGCUGCUGGGCCAGCACGCCCUCGCCGACAUCCAGGCCCUGGCCAUGAUCUGCCACCACCUGCGCAACUUUCCCAAGCCUGGCGCCGCCUGGUUCAUGACGUCGCUGACUUACCUGCUAUCGCUAGAGCUCGGCCUGCACCGGUCAGUUAAGAACUGGGACGAGUCUGCAAGGAAGUUUACCGAGCUGGAGAUCGAGAUGCGGAAGCGCAUCUUCUGGACCAUGAACGCGCUGCAGAUGAACCUCGCCGGAAAGCUCGGCCGGCCCAUGCCCAUCAGCAAUGAGGACAUUGAUGUCGAGUUUCCCGAGCCGCUGAGCGACUGCUUGCCGGGCGAGGAAGCGAGCCUGAGCCCUUUCCAUCAGUGCUCGUUCCAGGUGGGCAUCCAGAUCGCCAAGUACACAGUUCUAGAACUGGACUUGUACAAGACGGUGUAUGCCAUCAAGUACACGCCGCGCUCGUACAUCGAGUCGUUGAAACGGCUCGAGGCAGGCAUCCAGAAAUGGAAGGAAGAGCUGCCAUAUGAGCUGCGCGAGCCCUCCCACGCGACGCAAGAGGACCAUAUCUUCGCGCUGUACCUCGAGUACUGGUACCACGAGUUCCAGCUCCUGCUGCACCAUCCGGCCGUCUGCCGGUCCACCGACCCGGCGAUAUUGGCCUCGAAUCUGGACAAGUGCAUGGAGGCGGCGCAGAGCAUGCUGCAGACCUGCACGGAGACGAUGCACAAGAAGAGCUUGGACAUUGUGUGGAUCAAUGCUGUUGUGUAUGUUGCAGCCGUCUUCACAACACUAUUCAUCUCGUCGAUGCGCAAGGACCUCCUCACCCCAGUUGACAUGACGAAGCUGAAGGACGACAUGGCUACAUGGAUUGACAUUCUCGGCGAGUGUAGCCAGCUCUCAGGCACAGAGGACAAGAUGAGGAAUGCGAUAUCGAAGAUUGUCGACCAGGCACUUGGUCAAAUCAACGACAGUAUCGUCAAACGGACCGCCACCGAGUCACUAGCUCGCGUCGCCAUGCACACCAAGCAGCAGCCGAACCUCUCGCCCGCGGUCUACGAUACAAGCGGCUAUACCGACCAGCAGUACACAACCAACGCAACCGUCGCCACAGAUCCCACCCUCACCCAGGCCUCCUACUCCACCCUCACGGAUACCACUGCCAUGACGCUCCCUUACAACCUCGCCUCUCAAAUCCCCGUAACCCAACAACCAACCUACGACCAACAAUCCUACAUCAAAGUCGACGAGGACCCCUCACAUGGCUCACAUCCCCUCGCCGUCGCACCAUCCCCCUCCCGCCCCCCGCCCAACUACACCUACCCGCAAACCCUCCCCGCCACCGCGCCUCACCAACCCGCGUACGUCGCCAAUAACUAUUCCCCGCAGGACUGGCGCCAAUGGACGCAGUCCUACAUGCAGCAACCCGUGGGUCAACAGGGAGACUAUAUGAACACAGCAGCAUCGCUGAUGGCGCUUGGCGGGCGUGAGGGUGGAGGGCAGGAUGGAAGUGCGGAUGGCAACGCAGCAGAGGCGCAUUUAGGACAUUUCCACUGGCCCGGCGCGGCAUUUCCGGGAGCGGCCAAUGGAACGCAACAUCACCAGUGAAAGCGAUUUUUUUCCAAGAAGCACUCGAUAG